UAUAUUUCUGUAUUCUUCUUUAUUACAGUUUUAUAUACACAUAAGGAAUACCCUGGUCCUUAUUUAGAAGUUGAAAAAGCUUUAUUAUUAUUAUAUCAAUUGACAUCUGGAAUGUUUUUAAACAUGAAAUUAUAUAAAAAGAUAAAAGAACAUGACUGUGUUGCAUUAGAUGGAGGGUAUACAUUAUUCAUCAAACAAUUUGAGAACUUAUGUAAGAAUAGAAAUAUUAAAUUAUGUGAUAAAAAUUUUUUCUAUCCAAUAAGAAAAGAAAAUGGUAUUCCAUUAAAUGUUCAAGAAGAACACUAUAACAAAGUAUUUGGUAGUUUCAGAUCUACUGUGGAAAAUCAAUUUAAAGAUUUAUAUAAUAAAUUUAAAAGAUUCAGUAAUAACAAUUCUAUAUUAAAAACGGAUGACAUAAAAUACAUUAAUUUGCAAUUAAAAGUUUCAUUUUUAUUAAAAAAUAUUCAAAAUUUUUCAGAUAAAUUUAAUAUAAUAGUUCAAGAGCAACAUAAACUUUGGGUUAACGAAAAUUUUGAUUUUCCUAGUGAUAUUAGAUUAAUAGAUAUAGUAUAUACAAAUCAAAUGGAACAGAUUGAAAAGUUAAAAGAA